AUGGCUGAAAAUCCAGAAAAUGUUAACACCCCACAUGAGGAAACUAAUCAUCGUUCUGGGAAAGAGCCCAUGGGCUCCAAAAGAUCUACCAAUCCACAGUCCAGAAAGACCACCCAUUCCAGGAGGGCUCAGCCUGAGCGUGGCCCCAGUGCACGGACCACACGUUCCCGAAGAACUCGACCCGACGUUGGUCCUAGUACGCGGACAACACGCCCGAGGAGAACUCAGCGUGGGAAUGGUCAGAACCCCAGAACGAGCGAUGAAGAACUCAAUCGUGGAGGUGCCCAAUCUGUGGGAGAAGGAGCCAAUGAAAUGGAAAACCGCCGCCUGAGACAUCGUCUGGAAGAGGCGCAACGUCGAAACGCUGAGAGACAGGAAAAGGCUCGGGAAGAACAACCCGGGGAAAAUGAGACACCCCCUGAAAAUCAGGAUGAACGGCCAGAUGGAAGACAAUCGGAAAUCGAUGAAAGAGAAAUCCCUCAUGAGAAUGAGGAAGAUCUUUGGACUCAACCAGGAGAACGGAGGUCACCUGCUAGAAAUCGCCAACGUUCAUCCCAAACCCAUAGAGCGAGGACUCGUACGGACCCUAAUGAGGGAAAUACGACAAACUACUCUUGGGAGAAAAGAACAGAGCGUGAGGAAGCAAGCGUGACUUCGAGGCAAUCGAGAACCCAUAGUCGAUCAACUCGAAGAGGAGAAAGCACUCAACAAGCUAAUGAUUGA